ACACGUCCUGGUGUGUGCGUGUGUGACGGCCGGUGCGGGGACAGAACGUGUGCUGGGUUGUGGGUCUGGCAGUGAAUUCGUCCCAAGAGUCCAAUGUUACCGUGAGGCUUUACUCGUAGGCCGUGGAGAUUGACGCGUGUGUUGGUAUGGUAGAUGUGUGUGUUGUGUGGUUUGUUAUUUUUAUGCAUUCCGCCAACGUUUUCUGAAGGCGUUAUGUUGGCAGGCAGUGGAGGUACUAGGAGCUAGGUGUCAGUACGCUGGGAACUAACGGACUAUAGAGGACAUAAUCUAUAAUUCACAAAACUGCGGGCUCUGGGACCUCAGGAGGCAACAGUUCAAUCCGAGUAGCGGUGAUGCUACUGUGGCAGAUUCUUAAAGCUUAGGCAUUUGCCGGGUGGACAGAGGAGUAGAUAAGAUGGUAAAGGUUGUCUCGGAUGGGGGUUGACAUGUACAGGAAAAUUAAACCUCACUCUCAAUGGUUGUUCCUCCCAACAGACCCUUGAUUUCUCCAAAACCAGCGUUCUUCCCUGGUUCCUUUUCUCUCCCUUCUGUCAACUGGUAAUCAUUUUAGAAUUUAGUAAGUAUGGUGUAAUAAAAAUGCCAUGUAUCUGUCUAGCAUCUUACAGUUCAUUUGUUAAAGGUCGGUUUUUGUUGUUGUUUAUUUUUUGUUGUGUUUUUUAAGCUUGCUCAUAGUGGAGUAGGGGAACAGAAUUGUAAUAACCAUACCAUCGUUUUUCAAGCGCCUGCCAUGUGCCAGGUACAGAAGUAGGUGCUGCAUUUACACUAUGCUCUCCAUUCUUUUCUGAUAACAAUUCUGUAUAUAUCAUUUCCCUUGAUGAGAUAAGCUCAGAGAGGUUAAUUUGCCCAGAUUUACACAGCUAAUAAGUAGCUGAAUUGCUGUUUGAAUUUAGAUCAGGAAAGAUAAAUAAAUGUAAUCAUAUGAGGUAGAUACCGUAGAUGCCAUGGGGGUACAAAAGAAGUGGUUUGUUUUGCCCACAAACGGGAAAAAGAGCUUUGUAAAGAGGGUUCUGAAAAUCUUGAAAGAUGGGAGGCUUUCUUCCCACAAUAGACAAAAAAGGGGAAGGGCAGUGCAGAUAGAAAGAAUUGCCUGAAACAGUUUGAUAUAUUUAGAAAACGUCAAGUAUUUCAGUAUGACUAGAACAUAGGAUGUAAGUGAAUAUGUGUAGAGGUAAUACGGAAAAGUACAUAAUCAUUGAGGGUUGAUAUGUUUACUAUUCUCUGGAAUUCAAACUUCAUCCUGUAGGCAAGCCGUUUUAAGUGGGGAAUGACACGUGAUGUAUGUUACUAUGGAAGCAGUGUGGGGGAUGAUGCAGAAAGGGUGCAAGACUGGAGGUGAGGAAACUUUUGUGAUACAAAGCAAGAGAUGACUGGAGUUUGAAUAUAGGAGUAGUAGUGAGGAGUAGGAUUAGAAAGAAAAGAGAUUAGAUAGGAUUUGGCUACAGAUUAAUUGUGAGACCUGAAGAGAAGAAAGGAGUGCUGCUUUUUUCCCAAGUCUCUUACUUGGUUAAUUGGUCAGAUAGUGCUACUAUUCAGAAGAGGGAACAGUUUGGGGAGAAUAAUAAUAAAUGGCCUCUUGGAUCCUGUGACUUGAAGUUUCCUGUGUGGACAUCUCGAUAUUGCAGUUACAUAUAGGGGUUUGGGGCUUAGGAGGAACAUGUGAAUAGGUGAGAGAUUUUAGAAUCAGACAUAGGUGAUUAUUGAAGUUACAGGAAUGGUUGAGAUUGCCCAAAAGGAAAUAUAAAUAGGAAUACAAGGCCAAGUACAGAGCCCUGGAUGAAUGCCAACAUUAAGGGUGAGUAGGAGAGGAACUCACAGACUGAGAAGGAGCUGUUCAGGGACAUAAGAGGAGAACCGAGGGAGAAUAUUAUCACAGAAGCCAAGGAAAAAAAUUGGUUCAAAAAUAUCAUCUGCUACAUUGAAGUCAGAUAACAGGACUGAAAAGAGCCUACUGAAAUAUAGCAAUUAAGAAAUGUAUGAUCUUUGGUAAAUUAGUGGAAAUAAAAAACUUUGCAGGCCAUAGAAGAAUGAUUGAGGGAUGAGGAAGUAAAGAUUGGAUGUGAAGAGGAGAAAGAAAAGAAGUUGGUUGGAAAGUGAAGAGCCAGAACAUAUGAUAUCUGUGAAGUAUCUCCUGGACCCAACUUGAAUAUGAUUAUUGGAGCUAAUGGAACAGGGAAGUCCAGCAUUGUGUGUGCCAUUUGCCUUGGAUUAGCAGGCAAACCUGCUUUCAUGGGACGGGCAGAUAAAGUUGGCUUUUUUGUGAAGCGGGGAUGUUCCAAAGGCAUGGUUGAAAUUGAAUUGUUCAGGGCCUCUGGAAAUCUUGUCAUCACUCGUGAGAUUGAUGUGGCAAAAAAUCAGUCCUUUUGGUACAUCAACAAAAAAUCUACAACCCAGAAAGUAGUGGAAGAGCAGGUUGCAGCCUUAAAUAUUCAAGUGGGCAAUCUUUGCCAGUUUCUACCUCAGGACAAAGUUGGAGAAUUUGCCAAACUCACCAAAAUUGAACUCCUUGAAGCUACUGAGAAGUCAAUUGGUCCUCCAGAAAUGCAUAGGUAUCACUGUGAACUCAAAAACUUCAGGGAGAAAGAAAAACAACUAGAGACCUCAUGCAAAGAGAAAACUGAGUAUCUAGAGAAAAUGAUUCAAAGGAAUGAACGAUAUAAGCAAGAUGUGGAGAGAUUCUAUGAACGUAAGCGACAUUUAGAUUUAAUUGAGAUGCUUGAAGCAAAAAGGCCAUGGGUGGAAUAUGAAAAUGUUCGUCAAGAAUAUGAAGAAGUAAAACAAGCUCGUGACCAAGUGAAAGAAGAGGUCAGAAAACUUAAAGAAGGGCAGAUUCCUAUAACACGUCGAAUUGAAGAAAUUGAAAGACAGCAUCACAAUUUGGAAGCCCGAAUCAAAGAAAAGGCAACAGGUAUUAAGGAGAAAUCUCAGAAAUGCAAAGAAAAGCAAGAUGUUUUAGAGAGGAAAGAUAAACAUAUUGAGGAACUGCAGCAGGCUUUAAUAGUAAAACAAAAUGAAGAGCAUGACCGGCAGAGAAGAAUAAGUAAUACCCGCAAAAUGAUAGAGGAUUUGCAGAAUGAACUAAAGACCACGGAAAACUGUGAAAAUCUUCAGCCCCAGAUUGAUGCCAUCACAAAUGAUCUGAGACGAGUUCAAGAUGAAAAGGCGUUAUGUGAAAGCGAGAUAAUUGAUAAACGAAGAGAGAGGGAGACUCUUGAGAAAGAGAAAAAGAGUGUAUGUGAUCUUAUUAAACGUUUUGACAAUCUUAUGAAUCAAAAGGAAGAUAAGCUGAGACAGAGGUACCGUGACACAUAUGAUGCUGUUUUGUGGCUAAGAAAUAACAGAGAGAAAUUUAAGCAAAGAGUCUGUGAACCCAUAAUGCUCACGAUCAAUAUGAAAGAUAAUAAAAAUGCCAAAUAUAUUGAAAAUCAUAUUCCAUCAAAUGACUUGAGAGCGUUUGUAUUUGAAGCCCAAGAAGAUAUGGAGGUUUUCCUCAAAGAGGUUCGUGACAAUAAAAAAUUAAGAGUAAAUGCUGUUAUUGCUCCCAGUAGUUCAUAUGCAGACAAAGCACCUUCAAGGUCUCUGAGUGAACUAAAACAAUACGGAUUUUUCUCUUAUUUGCGAGAGUUAUUUGAUGCACCUGAUCCUGUAAUGAGUUAUCUUUGCUUCCAGUAUCAUAUUCAUGAAGUUCCUGUAGGAACUGAAAGGACCAGAGAAAGAAUUGAACGGGUAAUACAAGAAACUCAAUUAAAACAAAUUUAUACAGCAGAAGAAAAGUAUGUGGUGAAAACCUCUUUUUAUUCAAACAAAGUUAUUUCUAGUAACACAUCCUUAAAAGUAGCCCAGUUUCUCACAGUCACUGUAGAUCUAGAGCAAAGAAGACACUUAGAAGAACAGCUAAAGGAAAUUAAUAGAAAGUUGGACGCAGUGGGCUCAGGAUUGAUUGCCUUAUGUGAGACAAACCAACAUCUAGAACACAAAGACAAUGAACUUAGACAAAAGAAGAAGGACCUUCUUGAAAGAAAAACCAAGAAAAGACAGUUGGAACAAAAAAUUAGUUCCAAACUAGGAAGUUUAAAACUGAUGGAACAGGAUACUUGCAACCUUGAAGAGGAAGAGCGAAAAGCAAGUACCAAAAUCAAAGAAAUAAAUGUCCAAAAAGCAGAACUUGUUACUGAAUUAACAAACCUAAUAAAGAUUUGUACUUCUCUGAAUAUACAAAAAGUGGAUUUAAUUCUUCAAAAUACUACAGUUAACUCCGAGAAGAACAAAUUAGAAUCCGAUUAUAUGGCUGCAUCUUCACGACUACGUCUCACAGAGCAAAAUUUCAUUGAAUUGGAUGAAAAUAGACAGAGACUGUUGCAGAAAUGCAAGGAACUUAUGAAGAGAGCUAGGCAAGUAUGUAACCUCGGUGCUGAGCAGACUGUUCCUCAAGAAUACCAGACACAAGUACCCACCAUUCCAAAUGGACACAACUCCUCACCCCCCAUGGCUUUCCAAGAUCUUCCGAACACAUUGGAUGAAAUUGAUGCUUUAUUAACUGAAGAAAGAUCAAGAGCGUCUUGCUUCACAGGACUAAAUCCUACAGUUGUUGAGGAAUACACAAAAAGAGAAGAAGAAAUAGAACAAUUAACUGAGGAACUAAAGAGAAAGAAAGUUGAACUGGAUAAAUACAGGGAAAACAUUUCACAGGUGAAAGAAAGAUGGCUAAAUCCUUUAAAAGAGCUGGUAGAAAAAAUUAAUGAAAAAUUCAGCAGUUUUUUUAGUUCUAUGCAGUGUGCUGGUGAAGUUGAUCUUCAUACAGACAAUGAGGACGACUAUGAUAAAUACGGAAUUCGAAUUAGAGUCAAAUUUCGCGAUACUACUCAACUGCAUGAAUUAACUCCUUAUCAUCAGAGUGGAGGUGAAAGAAGUGUUUCUACCAUGUUAUACUUGAUGGCACUUCAGGAGCUUAAUAGAUGUCCAUUCAGAGUAGUUGAUGAAAUCAAUCAGGGAAUGGACCCGAUCAAUGAACGGAGAGUAUUUGAAAUGGUUGUAAAGACUGCCUGUAAAGAAAACACAUCUCAGUACUUCUUUAUUACACCAAAGCUCCUGCAAAAUCUUCCAUAUUCUGAAAAGAUGACCAUAUUAUUUGUCUACAAUGGUCCUCAUAUGCUGGAACCAAACAGAUGGAAUUUAAAGGCUUUCCAAAGGCGGCGGCGCCGUAUCACAGUCACUCAGCCUUCUCAAUAAAAGCAAAAAGAGGGGACUUUGGAAUUUUUCUGUGAAAUUCUCUUCAUAAGUACAGCUCAACUGAAUAAAAGCUAGGAUUUUCAUUAAACUGAAAGAUCGGUUAUUUUUGGAAACCUGCUUUUAAAUACAAGUGGGUCAAUGAAAUGGAGACCAUAGAAACGUCUUUCUCUGGAACAUCAUCUGGUAGUAAAAAUUAAAUCUUCUUCAGUCAUGGUUGAACUUGAGUCCUUAGCACUCUGACUGUGAGUCGUUGGGUUCCCAUGUUAAAAGGUAUUUACUGUUGCAAGUCAGAGGUACAGUAGAAGGGGUUAUCAGUCACAAGAAGUUUAGUUGACAUGGUAACCCUGAGUUUUAAUUGCAGAGUAACUUUUAAUUGCUUUUAGAACCUAAAGUUGGCUCUAGAGCCAAAGUCAUAGUUUUCUCUUAAAAUUGAUAUGGAAAUUUCUAAAGUGUAUAAUAAUAAUUUAUGAUAAAGCUAUUCAUUUCUUCCUAUUAAAAAAGAUUACCUUGUCUCCACUAGGCAAUGGAAUUUUAUGGGCCUUUUAAAAAAGUUUUAUGAAACUUGAUGCUAUAAUUGUAUUGGUAUUUCAAUGGAUAAAGACGCACUGGGGUUUAAAAAUGAUAGCUGGACAUCUUUGAAAUGGUACAAGGUGGUCACAGAUGAUGCAAAAUGCAACCAAAAGAUUGACAAAGAAUAGAAUCAGGUGACCAGGGUUUUUAAAGAGUAGCCCUGUAAAGUGUGUGUGUGUGUGUGUGUGUGUGUGUGUGUUUAAUUUAAAGUCAGUUGUAUUUUACAUCUUAAAUUUCUAAAGCAUUUUUAUAAUUAUUUUUAGUAAGAUUUUUCUGAAGAUUUCAUAUACUGGUUUUUACGAUUUAUAUUUGAAAUUUCUAAAUGUUAUGUAAAGAGUGAAGGAAAAGUAUUGAUUUGUUUAAAACCAUAAUGUUCUUAGAACUUAAGCUUGUAGGUUCCUUACAGUGUUGGUCUACCCCAUUAUCUUACAAAAUCUAGUUUAAACUAUUUUCUUUCAGCAUGAAAGAAUUUGAUUAGAAAAUCAUUUAUUUUGGAGUUAUACUAACUAACAGUUCCAAAUUCUGUUCUUUUUAAAAAUAAAUCCUGUGAGAUAAUAGACUAGUCUGAGGACAUGUUUUUGAACAGUGGGUUGGAUCUGUGCUGGUAAUGAUAAGUAGUUUUUUUGACUUCCCAGCCUGAAUGAAUCGAAGAAUUGCACUUAGUUUGCUUUUUGUAUAUUCUUAAAUAGCCACUGAAAUUUAUAUUCUUAUUAGAUCAAAAAAUAAUGAACCAUAAGUUUGUCUUCUCACUUAAACGUUUUCUCUUUAGAAAGAUUUUUUUUCCUUUAUUAAAAUCUUAAAAGAAAGGACUUUCCCCUUUUAAACUAAGUCUAAUGCACGAACUAUGAAUAUAUUUUAAAACAACAAUUUUACUAGUGUGAACAAGUCUUAUAAACAUUGAAAAAACUUCGUAACAUAUUAUUAGUAAAUGGCUAUUGUUACCAAAUGGUUUUGUUGUUAAAUAUUUCAUUUUCCACCAAAAUAUCUUCACUAAUAUGUGCUUGGUGUAGUUUGUUUAUUGAAUAAGUUAGUGCCAGUCAUCUUCUUCCUGAAAAAUGAAUAUCAAUGUGAAAAAAAACUUGAAGAUGAGGCACGUUUUAAAAUAAAAUGGUCAGUUACAUUUUAAUUUACAUACGGAAACAAUUAUUCCUUACUUUGUAAGCAUUUAUAUUUCUCUUCUGAACAGUUAAUAAUAUUUGGUUUUACAUUGAAUUUUGAGCUUUGAAGGAUAAAUUAUGUAUCAUUUUAACAUUAAUAAAAAAGAAUAAGUCCAACACAGUGUAGUCUCAGCCACUUAAAACUUCAUAUAUUUUCUGCAAAGGUUAAGUUUUAAUUACAUACAGAUUGUAAAAACUCCCAAGUAAAAGCCUGAUUUGAUGAAUAAAAUGAUAAUUAAAACCUUAAGGUGGCAAGCAAGUGUUUUUGAUGACUAAAUCUUAAUUGAUUUGCCCAAGGAGAGAGUCUCUGUUAAAAGGUUUUCAGUAUUUAAAGUAAAAGAAAUUCUUGCUGCUUUCUAAUUGUCUUUUGGACAUGUGCUUAUUUUCUUUGGAGUAUACACCUUCAGUGAAAAAUUUGUACUUUCAUUCUGCUAUUGUGGGUGUGGGUGUGUGCGCGCGCUUGUAUAACUGAGAAAAAAAAUGCUUUGGGCUGGGAAAUAACUACUUUGUCAGUAAUAAAUACAUAUUUUCAUAUUCUUUUGGUGUAUGUUAUUUUAAGUGAGAACUAUUUUUAUACUUUCAGUCCUCUUAAGAGUUAUUUUGGUAUUCAUAUUUACAGAGGGGGAAAGAAUCUAUUGAGUGCCCAGCAUUUACAGAACAGUGUUCAGCAGUUUAUCAGUGUUCAAAAGAAUAGAAAAUUUAGCCCUUGCCUGCCAGCAAGGAAAUUACAGUCUAAUAGAAGCAAUAAACACACGUGACAAAAAGUAUAAACCAAACUACUACUAAAGAAGCCAAACUAUAAGGCAAGUAUAACUUUUCAGGUUGAAACCCUAGAUUUGCUAAAAACAUGCCCAAUAGCCCAUUUAGUCAUAUUAUUUCUUAUAUUAAACUACUAUCUAAAGCAAUUUUUAAGAAUAAACUAUAAAUUUUUAAGCCAGUCCGGCUUUAUCACUUGCUUUUAGACAAGCUCAGUUUUCCCCCCCGCUCCCCAGAAAUGAGGAUAAUAACCAAUUCACAGAGUUGAGAAGAUUAAAUGAGAUCAAGAGCCUGUUAGGGUAGCUAGCAUCAUAGUAGACACUUAAAUUUCUCCCCUCAUAGUUUAAAUUUUGAAAAAUGUAAUGUUCUGAGUAUUUUAUUUAUCAAGAUCUAAGAAUUCUAAGUAAAUGUAGAGGUUUUUAUUCUCUUGUUGAUAGUGUCAGUUGUUCAAAGGAUGUAGACAUAGGCUUUGAGCCUUUGGGUGGUACACAUGUAAUUAUUUUCAUAUAUCUUGUUUACUUUCAUGAAAUGUGAAUAUUAGUUAACUAGAUGAACUUGCCCUAAAGAUACCAGUCCGUGUCGUUACUUUAUAGUCAAACCAUAAACUUUAGAAAACUUAUUUCUUUAAAUUUCAUUAAAUAGAAUUUGCACAUUUGGGAGGUUUGACUCUGUUGACAAUUUGGGCUUGUUUUUUAUUCCCAAUGGAAAAGUUGGGUGUGAGGGAAUUUUACUUUCUUUAAUGUUAACUAUUGGGUCAUUGCUCUGAAAUAAAUUACUGGCGAUUGGCUGGAAGAUUUUGUUACUUUCCAACAAGCCCCAGCUUUGUUCAACUCCAAAGAGAAAGAAUAGGGCAACUCAGCCUAACUUCCUUCUAAAAAUUCUGCUAAGAGGGCUUGGAGAAGUUCAGAGCAGCCUAAAAAUAGUCCUGGCUCUGUUGCCCUGGCUUCAUCUGAGAAGCUGAACAUAGGUUGGCUACUUUUAGGCAGGUCAGAAACAUCUGAAAGGUGUUCAUUCUCUUCCCACAGAUUUUAUCAUCCUACCUGUCUGACUGCCUUUAGUUAGUAAACUGAUAGCAUUUCAUUCUGCUUCUUAGAGGCAUGCUUACAGUCUUGGCAUUUAGCUCCAUUCAUUUGGAGUGGAGGUUGAGGUAGACAGGGCUACUAGGAGGGCAAAGGAUGGGUUGAAACAAAUAAUGCCGGUGUAAAGAUUUGGGAGAACCUACCAAUGAGUGUUAUGUGUUAGACAAAUUUUAAUUUAAAAUCUUCAGUCCAAGUGAUAUUUGUGACAUAUUCUUUACCUUUAAAUAUGAGAUGUUAGACUUGCAAGGGAUCUAACGGGUCACUUAGAUCAUCUCCUUUUCAUGGUCAUCCGCUUGUUUUCAGUCAUAAGUCAUGGGAAGGACUCAUUUGAGGGAUUAAGGCUAGCAGUGAUACACCUAAAUGUAAGUAAUUGUGUAAAUGGAUGCUAUAAUAACUUGUUUAUAUGCCAUUUAAUAUUUAUAAGCAUUUUAAUAUAUAGUUUGUCAUACACAAGAAACAGGAAAUUAGCAAUGUUAUGACUUUUCCAAGUUUGUCUGUUGGUAAAUGGCAGAAGUGGGAUUGAAAACGAGGUCUGAUGUUUUUUUCCAAAAUACCAUGUUGCUAACCUGCUACCAGGACACCUUGUCUAUUUGAAUUGCUGGAGAUGUACCAUCAACAGCUCCUGGUUGCGUAAUUCCCUUUCUUAUGAAUAAGACAUUGCUUCUCCAAUACACCCCUGAAUUAGGGUACAGGUUUCUUCAGCUGUAACAAAGACCCAAAUAUAACUUACAAGAUAGGUGUUUAUGUCUUAAUAGAACAUAAACAGUCUGGGGCUGAUAUGCCAACUCCUAUUUUGUUACUCUGCCAUCCUCAGAAAUCUGUGGGCCUUCUCAUGGUGCCAGAUGGCUGCUUCAGCUUUUGCCAACAUGUCUGUAUCCAAACCAGCAAGAACGGAGAUGAGGGAAGCGCAUGAACAUUUCUGUUAGGAGCAUGAUCUGUAAGAGGCACAUAUCACUUCUGCUCUUGUCCAGAACUUAGUCACAUGGCCUGAUCUAGCUGCAAGGGAAGCUUGAAUAUGUCCUCUUUAGCUGUGUGGCUAUGUGUCUAGUUAAACACCAGCCACUCUCACUCAAGAAAGAAGGGUAGAGUAAAUAUUGGUGGACGAUCAGUCUCUGCCACAGCCCGUAGGAGAUAACUGAUUACCCUAUGGCCUGUUAGCAGUGUUUUCAGAAAAGACUUGGUAGGUUCCCAUUACACUCAGAAUAAAAAUCCAGAGUUGUUAAUCACAGACUUCAAAGCCCUGCAUGAUGUGGGUCCUACUUAUCUCCCCACUGCAGCUCCAUUAAAAAUAGCACCCAGGAGAUACUCUGCUAUCCUUUUGCCCUUUUUUAUUUUUCUUCUUAGCAUUUAUCACUACUUCUUCUUAUACGUUUUGUUGUUUUGUUUCCUCAGCUAGAAUAUGAGCUCUCUGAAGGCAGAACAGAAACCUUGUGUUGAUCACUACCUUCCCAGAGCCUAGAAAAGUGCUUAACACAUAGUAAGCACUCAGUAAUUGUAGCUUGAAAUGAAUGUUCUUUUCCCCAACCCAGACAAUGAUUUGAGCAUAUUUUUUCCAUUAUUCCUUCGUUCAGUUUUUAUGUACAUGUAGUAUGAGCGAGGGACUAUGCUAUAUACUAUGAGAAAUAAAAAGAAAUGUCCUUCAUAUGAAUCCACCCUCCAGAAACUAUGGGAAUGGAGAAGGGAUGGGAUCUACCUGGGAUCUGUAAGGCUUCAUAAAGGUACAGAUUUUGGAUCCAGAAUAUGUAGGCAGGCUGUCAUAGGGUGUUUCAUAGGAACUGGAAAGGUGUUCCUUCUUGUUAAAAUUGUUCCUUUUUGUUAAAAUUAAAAUAUAUCCAAUUAUUGCCAACUUACGGAAGACAGUCUGGCUGUGCACAACUAUUAGGGUUUUUGUUGUUUAAAAAAAAACAUGUAAUGUGGAUGAGGGUAAGCUAUUUCCCCACAACCUAGUUGACAGCUUACAAUGAAAAUAAGCCUUCUGCCAUUCAUAUAGAUAUUUACUAAACAUUUAUUACAAGCAGACACAAAACUGUUCACAUAACUUAAUAUGUAAG